AUGACCUGUCUUCAUCCCCGCGCGUCCGCGUGUAUUUGCUGGGACGCUGGUGAUGCGGAGGAGCUUACUUCUCCGUUCCCUAUGCAGGUGAAGAAGAUGGGUGGCUUAGGGCUGCUGGCUAUGGAUGUGCCGGAGGAGUACAAAGGAGCAGGCCUCGACUACCUGGCCUAUUCCAUUGCCGUGGAGGAGAUCAGCAGGGGCUGCGCGUCCACGGGUGUCAUUGUCAGCGUCAAUAACUCUCUGUAUUUAGGGCCCAUACUGAAGUUCGGCUCUGAAGAACAGAAGCACAAGUGGAUUGCUCCCUUCACUGGUGGCGAGAAAAUCGGAUGUUUUGCCCUUAGUGAACCAGGAAACGGCAGUGACGCGGGUGCAGCAUCCACGGUGGCACGCCUGGACGGCGAUGAGUGGGUUCUGAAUGGCACCAAGGCCUGGAUCACCAACGCCUGGGACGCCUCGGCCACCGUGGUGUUUGCUACUACCGAUAAAUCCCUGAAACACAAGGGCAUUAGCGCCUUCCUGGUUCCCAUGCCAACUGCUGGGCUGUCGCUGGGGAAGAAAGAAGACAAGCUGGGAAUCCGAGCCUCUUCCACUGCCAACCUGAUAUUUGAGGACUGUCGGAUACCCAAGGCCAACCUACUGGGGCAGCUGGGAAUGGGCUUCAAAAUCGCCAUGCAAACUCUGGAUGCAGGAAGGAUUGGUAUCGCUUCGCAGGCUCUUGGAAUAGCACAGGCAGCUCUGGACUGUGCUGUGGAUUAUGCUGAGAAGAGAAUGGCCUUUGGGUCACCCAUCACAAAGCUGCAGGCGGUGCAGUUUAAGCUCGCAGAUAUGGCUGUGGCCUUGGAGGGCGCGCGCUUGCUGACCUGGAGAGCUGCGAUGCUGAAGGACAACGGGAAGCCCUUCACAAAGGAAGCGGCGAUGGCCAAGCUGGCUGCCUCGGAAGCUGCAACAGCCAUCGCUCAUCAGGCCAUCCAGAUCUUGGGCGGGAUGGGCUACGUGACAGAGAUGCCAGCAGAGCGCCACUACCGCGACGCUCGGAUCACCGAGAUCUACGAGGGGACCAGCGAGAUCCAAAGACUGGUGAUAGCAGGGCAGUUGCUGAAGGCCUACCGCAGCUGACAGCGCCGACUGCCGCAGGACACUGCCCCAAGGUGCCUCAUAACGGUGCAAACAGCGCUUGGCCCUCUUGAAUGAGGCCAGUGGUGGAAGUUUUCCUCACCAAUGAGUAACUGACCCUCUUGUUAAAAUGUGCUGGUGGUUUUUUGGACAGAGUGUGGUGCAUGGAAGGCUG